GGAAUUCCCUUUUACACUUCACUUCUCAGCUGAGUCCCACUCCAGGCUGGAGCAGCUCUCAGUGCCAUCCCGGCUGAAAGCAUCGGAGCUAUUUCAGACACAUUAAAAGGAUCACAGUCCUCAGCUGGUAGAAGAAGGUACCUCUUUCAGCAUCGAAGGGAGGUCCACAUAUUCACUUGACGGGAUAAGCCUCUGUCUUAAAAAUGUCAAAACAGCCAGCGUCACAUGUCAGAGCCAUUCAGGCUAAUAUUAACAUCCCAAUGGGAGCAUUUCGACCUGGUGCAGGCCACCCUCAUAAAAGAAAAGAACUUACACCUGAAGAAGUGGAAGAGAGUGUUCCUGCUUCGACAGAGGAGGAGAAAGACAAGAAACAUCUCCCAGGAGCAAAGAAACUUCCAGGUCUUGCUGUCAACUUGUCAGAGAUUCAGAACAUAAAGAGUGAGCUGAAGUUUGUCCCCAAAGCUGAACAGUAGCUGGAAGAAGCAGUCAGAUCUAGGACUCCUACCAGUACAGCUGUGCGAGUGCUCCAGCUGCUACAUGUGGAUUUUGAGAAGAGCCUUUCUGCAGAGCUGAGCAAGCAAGGUAUUUUCCCCAGAACCUGUAGAUCAUGACGGUGCAAAUUCAAACCCAGACAACAAUUGGCCUUGGAUGCAUCUUUUGCUGUUGAGAUUUUUUUAAUUUACAGUUUGUUUAGUCAAAAAACACUUUUGUGUUGUGAAGAAGGAUGUCAUGGGAAAAUUUGGUUCUCCCAUUUGUCUUCCACUCAAUCCUAAUACCUCAUUUCUAAAUGCUUGCCUGUUACAGACUGCAAAUUCAUGUAUUAACAGUACAGUCUUGUACAAACAACAUGGUGUAAUGCCUCCAUUUACAUUUUGAAGAAAUCUUUUAAUCCAUGGGAGAAAAUGGUCUUAUAUUUAAAGCUCUAAGAAAUGACAAAAACCUAUAAACACUAUAUAUACAUAUAUACACACAUACACUCUGGUUACUGAUGUGAAAGGACUUAAUGUGUACUGUAGCUGUAUGCAUCAAGUACUAUAUGACUCUACAGUGAACUUUACAAAGAAGAGACAAUUACUGUGCUAGCUGCAGUAGCUUUGAAGAAGCAAGAUAAUGUGAGGAAUUAAGCAAAUCCUGCAGGGACCAGAUGUCAGAAUAUACAGAUAUCUAAUGCAGUCAGAUACAUGUCAAAUUAAAUUAGCAGCCUGGGUAUGAUAUCUUGCCUUCAUGCUUACCCACCUCUGAAGAGGAUCCUCUGGUUUAUGUACAAGAUGGUUAUCAGCUUUCCCGAGCUGAUUAAGACCUCCUGCUUUUUCAUGGCAAAGAGGCCAAAUAAUCCAGGAGAAGAGUGUAGAAUAUUCAGAAGAGGCUACAGAGGAUGUGGGUAAGGGGAAGGCUAUGCUGGGUUUUGACAGUUAGCAAUCACUUUCUUACCAUGCUUCCUUUUCCUCCCAUUUGCAGUAUUUUCCACUGUAUUUUGACUUUGUGAAGUGCUAAGCAUUUCAUAAAAAGUAUUUGCAAAGUGCACAGAGAUUUCUCUGUCUUGAUUUGAAUAUUUUGAAAAUAAAACUGUAGCCAACUUCCAUUUCUUCUUAACUACGUUUGCAGAGAUGCGACUGUUGUCUCAGGCCCUCGCUUUUUAUUGCACAUGCCAGAUUUAUAUUGAAAGAAAACAGGUGGAUGAAUAGUAGUACCAUGAUUAAUCACAGUUCAAUCGUGCUAUGAUAUUAUCCAUAGGCAUAUCAGAUGUACACUAUAUUUAUACAGAACAACACUCACUCAUAUAUUAUGAAUUCUGCAGAGAAGAAACCAUAUGACCAGGAGAAAGUAGCAUUUUUAGAAACUGUAACUAGCACAGAGAGUCAAAUGUGGGUUACUUGCAGUACAGCUUGGGUAAGGUGGCAGAAGAGGCAGAAUUCAUGAUGAAUAAAUUGAAUAUCACUGCCCAAAUAGAGACAGCUGAGAUUUUUAUUUUCUUGCUUGGAAAGGAGGCCCUUCUCAGUGUCUCCAGGAUCACAGAGCUUGCUGUUAUGGCAUUAAAAGCAAAGAAUUCAAACUGAGGGAGCCUAGGGAUGGGUAUUGCUUCAGGAGGGCCAGCAUGGCUUGCCCCAGCCCCAUGACCCCCACACUCCCCACCCUUGUUCCUGCAACACAGCUGUACUAAAGUGAUGAGCCACAUAGCUCCACAGCAGCCUCUCAGCUGAGGAGAAAUAACCCAGACACCACUAAACACCACCGUGGCUGACUGGGAUCUCUGGGCACACCUUCUUUUCUGGUUGAAGAACGGCAUGGAACAGUGCUGCUUGCCUUGCCAAGCUUCAAACUGCCUCAGUGCCAGGGAAACCCACCCAAAAUUCUGAAAGAGCUGAAAUUACAGCAGAGCUAUGUCCCUUUUCUGAGACUUCCACACAAACCUGAGAUGCUGGCACAGGCCUCGCUGAAAUUUAGCUCUAGGUGGCUUCUGAAGCAAAGCAGGAUGACUCUGUAACUUUAAUUGCAGUUUAGUCUUGAAGAGUGCGUGCAGCAGGCGGCAGUGGAGGAGUGUUUGCGGGACCAGCAAGGAUUUCUUAGGUUAUAAGUGCCGAGGAGCUUUUUGUCUUUACCGGCAAAGGAAUCAGGGUAUCACCUCCCCUUAUACAGAGAGGAUUUGUGUAAGUUAAACCACUCUAUUUUUUCCCUUUUGCUGGAAUAGCAGAAGCAGGUAGUUUAUGGUGCCACCCUUCUGGGUUUCCCUGGCUACCAAAGAAAUGUGCUUUUUCACUUCCCCCACUCUCUUCUCAAGAGUGAUGUAAAGGAACAGUGCACUCUGCAGCUCCCUCAGCAAUGUGAAGUGUUAACAUGCAAAAGACAUUUUUCUGACAGUCAUUUCUCUUCUUGUGCUCACUGAGUUUGUCAUUCGUGCAGGUUGUU